AUAGCUUCUUCCUGCUACGUCGUGUUGAGAUGAAUGUAGUGAAUGUGUACAUAGCACAUUCAGUGACAGUUUGUAUGUAUGUUUAACUGUAAACUGAACAGACAGCUUCUUCCUGUUCUAGUGGUCGCUUUGUGAAAUAAAAUAUGGCUCAGUGCUCCGACGUUACAAGGAAUGAGAGGAAAGUGGCUGUUAUCACUGGCAUCACGGGACAGGAUGGGUCAUACUUGGCGGAGUUUCUGCUUUCCAAAGGAUAUGAGGUUCAUGGCAUUUUGAGACGCUCCAGCUCCUUCAAUACUGGACGCAUUGAACAUCUCUACCAGAACCCACAGACACACACUGAAGGCAAUAUGAAGCUACACUAUGGUGACCUCACUGACAGCACAUGUCUGGUGAAGAUCAUCAACCAAGUCAAGCCUACAGAGAUCUACAACCUGGGUGCUCAGAGUCACGUCAAGAUCUCCUUUGAAUUGGCUGAGUACACGGCUAAUGUCGAUGGCGUGGGCACACUUCGUCUUUUGGAUGCUAUAAAGACGUGCGGUCUGACCAGCAGCGUCAGGUUUUAUCAGGCCUCCACCAGUGAAUUGUAUGGCAAAGUCCAGGAGAUCCCACAGACGGAAACCACACCCUUUUAUCCUCGCUCACCUUACGGUGCUGCUAAAUUGUAUGCCUACUGGAUUGUGGUGAACUUCAGAGAGGCCUACAACAUGUUUGCUGUCAAUGGGAUCCUCUUUAACCACGAGAGUCCAAGGAGAGGGUCGAAUUUUGUGACACGAAAGAUCAGCCGCUCUGUUGCAAAGAUUCACCUUGGCCAACUGGAGAGCUUCAGGCUGGGCAACCUGGAUUCAAAGAGGGAUUGGGGGCAUGCCAAAGACUACGUGGAGGCUAUGUGGUUAAUGCUGCAACAGGAGGAGCCAGAUGAUUUUGUCAUAGCAACAGGGGAGGUGCACAGUGUGAGGGAGUUUGUGGAAAGAGCCUUCAAACAUGUGGGGAAAACUAUUGUGUGGGAAGGGAAGGAUGAGAAUGAAGUAGGACGCUGUCAAGAGACAGGAGUGGUGCAUGUGAAGGUGGAUCCAAAAUUCUUCCGUCCAACUGAAGUGGAUUACUUGCAAGGUGACAGCACUAAAGCAAGCCAGAAGCUGGGUUGGAAGCCAAAGGUGACUUUUGAGACGUUGGUGAAGGAAAUGGUGGAGGCUGACAUUCAGCUGAUGAAGGAAAACCCAAACGCCUGACACCAAACCAUGAAGUCCAUUUUAGGACACAAACAUGUCAACACUCCAAUCAACACACAGCAAAAAGGACCAUGUUGAAUUUUUCCUUAGUUUUUUUUUUCCCCUUGAAGUUAUGGUGUACAACUUGGUGUUGUUUUUUUUUUAAGUAUAUUAAUUAUGGCAUUUUGUUCUAUUUAAGUUCCAGAGCUUAUGAAGAGAUAUCCAAUUGAGAAUCAAUCUCUGGGGAACGGGAAUCAAUGUUUGAAGGUAAUAUUUUGUUAUAAUAAUUUACAGCGAGAAAGUGAAUGCAGAUUAUGGAACUUGUCAAUGUUCUUGCACAAAGACACAAUGAAAUCUAAGAAUGCUCUUACAGAAGAAACCUGAAAAGAAUACUCAUUCAUCCUCAUUGAUUGUUUGAUUAAAAACAGUCAAGAUGCAGCAACGGCUUUUAGUGAGUGUGUGUGUGUGUGUGUGUGUGUGUGUGUGUGUGUGUGUGUGUGUGUGUGUGUGUGUAUGUGUGUGUUGCCGCUGGACAUGCCGAGUCAGUAGAGACAGCCAAUGAGAACCAGAUGCGCUAUGACUUUAUUUGGUCCCCUGCGUACAGGUGCUGUACGUCUGCCCUCCACAACGCUAGAACACAAAGUCUAUGAUCACGUUUGUUUUGUUGGCGAGAAAACAAAGUGAAGUGGAUCAAAAUCUGGAAAACAGAUAUCCAAAAGCUCCCUGAGAGCUAAAUAAACACUGAGGGUGAUUAUGCAGCUCUAACGCUCAAUUUGAACUCAAGAGGUGGUCUCACAUUUGAUGAAGAAAUGAGUACAUUUUGAGAAAAUGCAAAAAUAUUGCAACUAACUUGAAUUAUUAAAACUGGGUGUAUGACUAUAUUUCUGUUCCCUUGCAGAAAUUAUACAUACAGCUAAUGAUCCACAAAAACCCAGAUAAAAAAUAUUAAAUUAUUUUAUAGUUUGACCUCAAUUAAGACAAUAAAUUGCAUAUUUGUCAUUCCGGUGAGCAGCUCAAAUGCAACUUGUGUGUGUGUGAUAAUGAGUCCAUCUGCAGGUUGAACUUGAUUGAAGUCUUUAACAAAACUGCAGCUGCAGCAGCGCCCAAACAUUUUCCGCCGAGGGUCGCAUACACAAACAUUGAAGAAUGUGGGGCGGCUUUGAUGUUUUUCCACCAUGGAUUUACUUUAUCUUUUAAUAAACACUACAACUCCUCAAUAGUGUAAGGUAAAGAUGCUGUAACCUGCUAAAUAUAUUUCAAUAAUUGUCAUUGUUGAUGUAAUAUCGUGUUCAAACAUUUCUUUUCAAUGUGGCCCCGAAUCCUCCUUCAUUUUAUGUAUAGAAUAUCCAUGAGGGGGUAAUAAAAAUACAGCUGUGGGACAAAAAUACCUCCCGUGACGCACUUUGGACACCCAUGAUGUAGAGCCUCGGUUUCCAAAGUUUGGUAUGCGUACCUGAAUGGGUACUCCAGUGGUCAUGGGGGGUAUUUUGAAUAAAAAUGAAAAACAAAUGGCUCGUAACACAAUUACGAAUGUGCCUGAACACACCACAGUGCAUCAAUGAAGCAGAAAGGUGAGAGACCAUGAAGUUGUUCAUUGCUCUAUGAACAAAAAAUAAGCUUUAUACAUUAAUAAUGUUUCAUCUUGAGAUUUAAUUUAUAUUGGUGUUCCAGUUCCUGCACAUUGCAGCAGUGAAAACGUUUUUUUUUGUUUUUUUUUUACUUUACUGUAACCAUCAUGUGUGGACCAAAAAGUGAAGCUCAAAUUCAAACCAUUCAAACGGAAGGAUGCCAACAUUAGACUGGAAUUUU